CACCCAUCCAGAACCAGCCCGUCAUGAUGCCAGGAACAAUCUGGAUGCCCAUCCCUCCUUCUAUUCCCAACUGCCCUCCUGGACUGGAAUAUCUCACACAGAUUGACCAGAUAUUAAUUCAUCAGCAAAUUGAACUUCUUGAGACAGAGGACAAUGACUGCUGUACCAGAAACUGCUGUGGGCCAUCACGACCCUUCACCCUCCGGAUUAUAGACAACCUGGGCCACGAGGUGAUAACGCUGCAGCGACCCUUACGGUGUUCUUCAUGCUGCUGUCCCUGCUGUUUGCAGGAGCUGGAAGUUCAAGCACCCCCGGGAAAUCCAGUUGGUUACGUUGUUCAGAACUGGCAUCCCUGCCUGCCGAAGUUUACCAUUCAAGAUGAGAGAAGGAUGGAUAUACUGAAAAUUAGUGGCCCCUGUGUUGUCUGCAGCUGUUGUGAGGACAUUAAUUUUGAGGUGAAGUCUGUGGAUGAGACUGCUGCUGUUGGGAGGAUUUCUAAGCAGUGGACUGGGUUUGUGAAAGAAGCCUUUACAGAUGCAGAUAACUUUGGAAUCACAUUUCCAGGAGACCUUGAUGUAAAAAUGAAAGCUGUCAUGAUUGGUGCUUGCUUCCUUAUCGACUUCAUGUUUUUUGAGCAUGCUAGUGAUAAGAAACAGCGAGCAGGAGUUUGGCAAUGAAAUUUGGAACUAAGAAUCUAGAAUGUGGAGGAACAUAAAUCUUCCAUCUUUCCAGUGGAUUGCAGAACUCCAGUAAGAAGGUGAAAAAUGUACAUCUGGUGCU